GACCAUAAGCUUCACAAUAAACUGAAUUCAUAGUUUCAAAAGCCGGUAAGCCCCGCCCACCAGAGAACCCCCUUUCAUGCAAAUGGAUCUUCCACGCGCUUUUUUCUAAGACUCUCCCUCAGCUUCAGUACACGCCUCUAAUUUCACUUCCUCCGCGAGCCGCGCCUGGGAAGGGGCUGGCUGACUUCAGCCCAGGAAAGAAAACACCAUGUAAAAGAAGAUUAAAACACAUUUAUUGCGGUCUCCCUGUCAAAUUAGCCCCUGAGUUGCGUGCGGCUCUCUACGGUUGAUAGAGAAUAUAGCGGACGAGCCAAGCAAGUGACAGUGAAAAGAGAUCGAAAGGACGUGGCAGACAGUUAUACCAUGCAGCUGAAUGAUGGCCCCAGCAGUCACCCCAUUUUUGUGGCUCCUGUCAACGGAAAUGCUCAGCGGUCGUCAGGAUAUGUUCCAGGCAGGAUUGUUCCAGUUCGAUCUCCACCCCCAGCCAAGUCUCCUCCACCGCCCCCACUGAAGCCCCCGGUCCCGCCCCCUGCACGACCUUCGGUUUUUAAUCUGUCAGAAGAUGAGAGCAGAAGGGAACGUGCCCAAAACCAGCAGAGGAAGAACACUUGUAUUUGUGUUGGAUUCUUCUUCUGUGUUUUCCUACUGAUUCUCAUAGUCGUCCUCAGUCUUGCCUCUAAAGAUGUGUUGGAUGUGAACUGCCCUCAUCACAACCCUGUGCUGCGCUCCUGGAAACCUGGCCUUGAUCUCAAAAAGGUGGUGGUGGUACGCGGUGGUGAGCAUUAUCGCCUAGAUUCAUCUGCCACCCUGUACUCUAUCACUAUCCAGGCUGGAGGUUCAGUUGUCUUUGCCGAUGAUAAAAAAGGCUCCAAAAACAUUACACUACGAACACGCCACAUUUUGAUAGAAGAUGGUGGCGCUCUACAUAUCGGGGCUCCAAAAUGCCGCUAUCGCUCCCUGGCUACCAUCGCCUUAAUCGGCCGAUCGGAUGAAACCACCGUGACUGAGGUUCCCGGGAUGGGCCGCAAGUUUUUAGGUGUGAAUGCCGGAGGAACUCUUGAGCUCCACGGGUCAGAGAGACUGUCCUGGACCUUCCUCACUCGCACUGUACCUGCUUCAGGUCUGGCUACCGGCGACCAUGGCUUCCAGAAGAACUUUAGCCGUGGGAUUAACCUGCGGGUGGUUGAUCAGGACACUGCAGAAGUGGUGUGUAACGAGCGUUUCGACACACACGAUUCUUAUAACGACAGUAAGAGGCUUAGUCAGCUGCUAAAGUCUCUGCCUGCAGGACGCAUUGUUGCACUGGCUACUGGAGAUUCUGCAGUUAAGAGCCUGCUGAAAGAGACCAAAAUAACCAUUCAGGAUCUUCUAGGCAGCAACCACGUCAAUAAUCUCAAAUACAGACAGGCAUGGGCCUUGGUCUCAGUAAUUGGUGGAGGAAAUGGUUCUUGCACGGAAGACGUACGAGAACAUGAGAACCAUGACACAGGUGGCAAGGCGCUGGCUCGCCGUGAGUUUGUCACUGUGGAUGGUGUUGGUUUCACUGUUACCGCGUACAGCGAGUGGAAAAAUGGUUACCCUACGACAGGCUUUCAGGUGGAUACAGUGGAUAAAGUGGUUCUGAACCUGAUGGAUGAUGUUAGCAGCUGGAAACCGGGCGAUCGGAUUGUGGUGGCCAGCACUGAUUACUCCAUGCAUCAGGCAGAGGAAUUCACCCUGCUCCCAUGUCCCCACUGUAACAGGAAACAAGUUCGAAUUCAAGGAAAGCCUCAGUUCACCCAUGUGGGAGAGAUACUGGACGGUGUGGACAUGCGUGCAGAGGUGGCUCUCCUCUCAAGGAAUAUCCUCAUUCAUGGAGAAAUGGAAAAAUCCUGCUAUGGAAAAAAUUGGUGCCAGUACUUCAGCUACGACACCUUCGGGGGACACAUCAGGAUUUUGGGGAACUUCUCGUCGGUCCACUUGUCUCAGGUGGAGCUGAAACACAUGGGUCAGCAGCGGGAGAAGGGCAGAUACCCUGUGAACUUCCACAGGUGUGGAGAUGUGGACCAGCGCGGGGGAUACAGUGACCCAACAUAUAUAAACUCCCUCUCCAUUCAUCACUCCUUCUCCCGAUGCGUUGGCAUACAGGCAACUAACGGCCUGCUGGUUAGGGACACAGUUGGCUAUGUUACGCUGGGACAUUGUUUUUUCCUGGAAGACGGGAUUGAACAAAGGAACAUAUUUUUCCAUAACCUUGGCUUGUUGACCAGGCCAGGGACCAUUCUCCCUACUGAUCGCAACGAUAGCAUGUGCACAGAAAUUACAGACAGGGUACACAAAGGAUAUGUACCAUCUCCUGCUAACGAGUGCAAGGCAGUAUCUACAUUUUGGAUUGCACACCCCAAUAAUCAUUUGAUCAGUAACUCAGCAGCUGGAUCACAGGAUGCAGGAAUUUGGUACGUUUUCCACAAUUCUUCUACAGGUGAUUCUCAUGGACUGAUUCCAGAGACGAAAGCUGAGCUCACGCCUCUGGGCAUCUUCUUUAACAACCGUGUUCAUUCCAACUUUAAGGCUGGCCUCUUUAUUGAUAGAAAAGUCAAGAGCACCAACGCCACUGCAACAGACCAACGUGAAUACCUCUGUCUGGACAACAGCGCUAGGUUCAGGCCCCAUGAGAACUCUGAUCCAAGCAGGCCACGGGCGGCCGCACUCAUCGACACACUCAUCUCCUUUAAAAACAACGAUCUGGGGGCCUGGAUCCGUGGAGGUGACAUCAUCAUACGAAACUCAGGAUUUGCAGACAAUGGUGUUGGACUGUCAUUUGCAAGUGAUGGCAGCUACCCUAAAGAUGAGGGCUCCAGUCAGGAGGUCUCCCAGUCUCUGUUUGUUGGUGAGAGCAGAAAUCGUGGCACCAACGGAGGGCAAAAUAAAUACUGGGGGAUUGGUGGAGUAGAUGGAAAGAUGAGAACUCUACCAAGAAACAAGACGUUUCCUAUCCGAGGUUUUCAGAUAAAUGAUGGUCCAGUGAGAAUCUUAGACAGCACAUUUCGUGCCUUCAGUCCCACGACAGAGCGCUUCACCAUGGCUGUGGGAUUCAGCCUGAAAAACAUCUGGCAGCUGACACCCAGAAAUAACCUGUCGUCUCUCGCAUUCCAGCCUAGUGUAACUCUAAGAGCAUUUUUUGGCCGACCAGGCGAGUGGUUUGAGCAGAAUGAUUUGGACGGCGAUAAAAAUUCCAUCUUUCAUGACUUGGAUGGUUCGAUCAGCAGUUACACAGAUACGUAUGUGGCGAGGGCCGACAACUUCCUGAUCCGCCACCCACAAUGUGUGGAUGUUCCUCAUUGGAAUGGUGUUGUGUGCAGUGGCAAGUACUCUCAGGUCUAUAUACAGACGCAGGGCGCAUCUAAUCUGAGCCUGGCUGUCAGUAGAGAUGAAUACCCUGAUAAGCCAAUGGUUCUCAGAGGUAUCAGAAGCCAGUCAGCUCCUUCUCAGCAGUACCAACCGGUACUGAUGAUGGGCAAGAGUUACACGGUGCACUGGAAUGGACCUGCACCCAGAGAAACAGUCCUGUCACUGAUUAAUUUUGACCAGGGUGAUUGGGCUCUUCUCGGCUUCUGCUACCCCAAUGAAACAGUCUUCCAGAUCACAUCAGACAUCUACAACAAGCAGAACAACAGCUUCGACGGCAUAGAGGACUAUGGCCCUGUAUCGUCCAUUUCAGACCUAGAGAAACGACAGCAGGAGAGGAAGUACUUUUUCGACAAAUCUGUUGGUUUGUUAUGGCUGUAUGCACAAGCUCGGUUCAGACGAGACGGCCAUAGCUACUGCUCCACCGCAGGCUGCGAGAGAGUGAAGAUCAUCGCCACCAUACGUGCCAACCAAAAGACUCAGGCCUGCAACUGCACCGCCAAUGCCUACCCCAAAUACAGAAAGCCUGCCAGCAACAUUGUGCCUAUGCCAAAGCCAAACACAGAGCCCUGCAGAGCCUGUGGGGCCUCACAGUUUGCCUUCUCCAGUGAUCCAUGGAACAGCUACCUCCAAACCCAGAUCAAAUCGCUCAGUGUAAAAGAAGAACAGAGUAAUGACACGGAAGCCUUUAUCACUGUGAAUGCAGAGAGAUUUGACCUCAAACAGUCAGGGUUCCUCAUAGUUACUGUGGACGCAUGCUCUGGAAAAGUCACAAAGAGCUCAUUGUUUACGACGCUGGACACUAAAAUGGAGCAGUAUUUUAAAACUGGAAUUAUGAAGAGGUCGAUAGUUCUUCUUGCAACAAGAGGUCAGCCUGCUGGCAUUGCCGGUGCUGCACAAUUUCUGGUCCCUUUGGGAUUUGCUAAAACACCAGAUCUUCAGAAGAAAGACGCCAUUGCUUUCUUUGGGUUCCUCGGCCAGGGAAGUCCUUCACCACAGCCGUGGUCUGCUCUGUUGGCCUCCCAAGAUACCAAGGUGCUGGGAUUACAGGAAAGGUUCAUUCGCCUGUCCCUAGAGGAAUACUCUUGUCCACCACAAAAACACCCUCCCACACGGAUGGAUCUUGAACUCCUGAGAAAAUCCCUUAGCCAAAAGUGAUCCUUUACUAGAUGUGAACAAACAACACAACCAGCGAAUGAAUGUGAACUAAUGAACGUAAUUUAUUUUGGCAAAGGAAAGCGCUAGUGGACUUUGAACAAGUAUUUUGUUAAGGGAGUGAAUGUAUUUGUUUGUUUGUUUUGUCCUGUGUGGUUACAUUUUGUCAUAAAUGUUACAGCACAAAGCGAUGCACUUUUUUUAAUACACACCAAACAAUUUUAUUUCAAACUGGAUAACAAAAGGACAGGACAAGUUAGAAGUACAUUAAAGGGCGAUCUUGCAAUUUCGUACCACCAGUGCAGAAGUACAGCACAAUACAAAUGGUCAUUUGGUGGCCUGUUUUCCUCCUCCAACCAUCUGCAGGUGUAAAUGACUCUCAGACUUUCCUUUUCUGUUAUUUAUUCCUCUUGAUUUAAUGGGACAUGCCAUUAUUUAAUUGCGCCGUUCUGGGUUUCACUGCUGCUCGCACAUCAAUGGCUAUAGUUCCACCGUUGAGUAAUUGACCGUAUUUAUGUUUCAUUUCAACACGAAACAUUAUCUACAGAUAAAUUAUUUUUCAUAAAACAAAAAAAAAACAUUGUGUACUGUUAUGUAUGUGUAUGUGGGAAAAGGUGUUUAACCAGUGAAAUUUUGUUUAUUAUCGGGUCUUUUGCCAUUCAACACACCAAAGAUUUUUAUGACAGAUAUUAACAGAAUGGUUAAACUUAAAAUUAAACAUUCUGUCAUCAUUUAUUCACGUUCAUGUUUUUCCAAACCUGUAUUUCUGUCUAAAGUGGGAUUUAUAAAGAGAUAUAAAAUCGGGUACUAUUCUGUCGGGGGGGUUAGGCCUGGGAUCUAAUUUCAUUUUGUGUUAAGUCAUAUUGGUUUGGAACAACACGAGGGUAAAAAAGACAGAACUUUAAUUUUUUAACUUUAACUAUCUUAAAGGGACAGUUCUGUCCCUUUAAGAUAAUGUCCUUUAUCUGCCUUUAUAGUGCCAUCACUUCAUUUGAGAGAUGUGACAUCCUAUAUGAAAUGUAUUAUUGUGAUUGAAAUGGAAGCCUGAAUUGCCUGUAUGCGACUUUUUUUAUUUUAUUUGGGUUGAAUUAGUUAGGCUACUUGUUAACCACUGUACAAAGAGUUUUAUUGGUAGUCUGAAACAGAGAUCACAGUUGUUGUUGUUUUUAAAGUGUUUCUUAAAGGUGCAAAAAGUUUUUCCUCAGUAUAUAGGUGUUAUUUCCUGCAGAAUUUUUUUUUAAUUUGUAAAAUGCUCUCUUUUUUACUAGUUAUGCUUUUGUGCUGUGAUUCAGAUAAAAUAUUACAAAGCUUAUAAAACAAAAAUGCGUAUUUGUAAAUCAUGUGUUGGCUUUUGUAUUCGUGACAAUGAAAGUGAGGCACAAACUACUUGGAGGUAAUUAUAUGACCACUAGGGGUCAGGAUUGCUUUACGGGUAUGUUUUAGUUGACUGCGACUAUUUCCACCAGUGUCUUUCCGGUUAACUGACGACUGUCAGACCUGGGGCCUGUAGCAUGAAGCCAGAUAAAUUUCGUUUUAGUUUACACUAAUCCUGGGUUUUAGGUACCAUGACAGUGGCUUGGCUUUUAGCUGCGUUCAUUGCUAUAGUAACUUACACUCCACAGCUAACCUGCUCCAGGGCAGGGCAGGUUAUGUUCUGAGUUAGAGAUCUCAAACUGAAACUGGACCAGUCAGAUGUGAGCAAAGUGACAAAUGUCUGACACAAAAAAGUCAGUCCCCCGGUUUCUCUUGCUCCAACUUAAAGGUCACUAGUACUAAAAAAUAUUGUCUGGCCAAAACCAAAAAUGUUGUUAUUUUAUAUGAUUUAUAUAGUUAUAUGAUUUAUAUUAUUAUUAAUUCAUCACACACAAGCAAUUUUAGUUUAACAGUUAUUAUAAAUAAAUUUUAAAUGAAUGUUAAUAUGUACAGUUCGUAUGUAAUAUAAAUAAGCUGUAGAAUCGAUAGAUGACGCUUUAAAAAUUAUUACUUGGCCUUACAUGUUCGAGUCUCUAUCGCUGUAUAUUUCCAACUAUAUAAACUAACUUAACAAGUUUCACUUGUGACUGCACUGAUAAAGCAAGAUAAUUUCUUUUAUUUGUCCUCUUUCAUGAACAAGUACUUUUUUCAUUGUAAAUGCAUUUAAAUUCAUCAUAUUCUUCAAAUUAUUACCCUGCAACAAAUAUUUAAGUAAAUUCAUACAAAAUCUUUCUUCACUCUGCUCUUUUUGCCAAGAAGAGGAAGAAUCUCUCUCACAUUUAUUCUAUUUCUGUCCUUAUACUAAACAAUUCUGGCUUCAAAUUUCAGCAUCUUUACUACUUGUAUUCUAUCGUAACAUUUCUGCAGUUAAGGUUCUCUUUCGUUCAGUGGUUUCUGACAGUAGGGAGCUAGAGGAUGCCCUGGACUUUAUUUGUAUGAUGGGAAAAUUCCACAUUCACAAAGCGAGAUGACUUAACUUUAAACCUAAUUGUAAAAUAUUCACUUCUGAUAUACUUUUAUUUUACUCAUCACUUCAAAGAAUCUCCCCCAAUAAAAAAAAAAAGCCUUAAAAACAUCCAAUCUUAUAAGAAAAGAAAAAAAUCAUAAAUAAGUUGUAACUUUUAUGAUUGUAAAAUGAUUGUAUAACUAACUGUAUUGUAUGACUGUAUACAAUUUAAUUAUUGAAUUUUUUUUAACUUAUUUAAUUGCCUUUUAAUGUUUACUGUA